AGCAAAGGUGAGCUUUGAUGUGUCUGACAGAAGCAGACACUUCUUUGUGAUUUUCGUCAGAAGGAUCCUGUGAGGUUUUCAGCUUUGCUCUCUCCAUGUUUGUCUUCUUUAAGACCUAAAGAGACACUAUGGGUGGCUGUGAAGAUGAGAUCAUGUUCUCCUUGUAGCCAAUCAGCACAGCCUUGUCUCUGUGGAGUUCAGUAAACAUCAAGGUGCUUUUCAUUCAACACGUCCAUUUCAGCAGGAUGACACCUUCAGGCUCUGUUUUCUGUCUCGUGGUCGUCCUCUUAUGGAGAAAGGCUGAGCUGAAUUAUUUGGAAAAAUCUGUUUAUCAAGAGAGGAGCUUUAUGUCAGCUGAAGUUGGCAGCAGCGUGACUCUGCAAUGUUCUUAUGGGACUGAAGCUGCGAGGUAUUACUGGUACAAGCAAUCUCUGGGACAGAAGCUGCAGAUAAUCUCUAUGAGUCAUAAAUUUGAUAAAGGUGGCACUUUUCAGGAUGAGUUCAAGGACAACCCACGCUUCUCCGUGGAAACCAACGAUGGGAAAAGUCAGUUAAAUAUUUAUGACUUAAAACCAUCAGACACAGGAACUUACUUUUGUGCAAGUGGCAUUUCAUUCGUGUUUGAGUUUGGGGAGGGUGUUACGGUCAGCGUGAAGAAUCCGGUUCUGGGAAAUACAACUUGGGUCCAUCAGUCGGACUCUGGAGUCGUCCAGACGGGAAGCUCUGUGACUCUGAACUGUGCAGUCCAAACUGGGAGCUGUGGUGGAGAACACAGUGUUCACUGGUUCAGACACUCUGGAGAAUCUCAUCCAGGACUCAUUUACACCCACCGAGGAAACAGUGAUGAGUGUGAGAAAAGUCAGAACACACAAACACACACCUGCAUGUACGAUCUGCCUAUAAGGAACCUGAGUAAGUCUCAUGCUGGGACUUAUUACUGUGCCGUAGUUUCAUGUGGACAGGUUUUGUUUGGAAACGGGACGAAGCUGGACGUGGAAAGUGAGGCCGUCUCUUUGUCCUUGGUUUAUUUCUUGAGUGCAGCUUUGAUAUUCACCGUCAUCCUGAGUGUUUUACUGGCCUUCACGCUGCACAAGAUGCACGAGAGAAACUGCUGCCAAACCUCAGAGUUUAACGGAAGACCUUUAUGUCAACCAGCAGCAAACACAGAGGUACACCAAGAUGCAGGCGACCUCCAUUAUGCUGCUGUAAAUGCUAACCAGCUCAGCAGAUCAAGGAGAUGCAGGACGAGCAGAGAGACUGAGUGUGUGUACUCAGCUGUAACGCAGUAGACUGGAGACGGUUCAGUUCACUCUCCUAAAGCUGCCUGGAGAACUGAAGCACAACUCUGUGACUGUUUCAGGGUCAAACACUGAAGAAUAUUUUUGUGUUUUUUUCUUUAACAUUUCACAGAAUAAACUUAUUUAAAUUAUUAAACUUAUUAAAAUGGUUGAAUUGUGUGUGUUUGGUCCCUUACAUGCCAUUUUUACAGUUUUAUGAUAAUUUGCUUAGUCGAAAUUCUUUGAAUUCAGUGUAUUGUUAUCCACACAAAAAUAUGGUGUUAUUCCUGAAGAAAAAUGAAAUGUUUUAGUAAUUUCAUUUCUUCAAAGAGUUCUUAAAGUUGAUGAUGACUGUUGGCAAGAAAGAGCUCCUGUAGAAACCUGUGUUGCAGCAAAUCUGAAGAAGCCUCUGUCUGUGGACACUCUCUUACUGGAGUCUUGUGUAGAGGAUUGUCAGCGUUGUUCAUUAUUCUUUUCAUUUUAUGAAGCAUUGUUUUUGUAUAAUCAGAACAGAACAGAGUCAGGUUUCUUUGUUCAGCUUUUUAAAAUCUCUGUCUCUGACAGGGGGCCACCAGAUAACAAAGGAUGGAAACUGAUCUAUAAAAGAUUUUUAGCAUCUUGCUGCAAACAUUAAAGGACCUAAAUUUU